CAGCGGCGCGGAAAGCGGCCCAGCGGACCGCCUCCCGGCACCAAAGAGGUGUAGGAAGGAGAGUCCGCCUGCCGCGGCCCGCCCGCCGGCACCUCAAACAACCCCUCGCCGGUCCUCCAACUUUCCAGCGAGAAGAAAGAAAGAGCGUCCCCGGAAACCACCGAAACUCUGGGGUAGAGGGGCAUACGUUUUUUCCUUUUCCGCACCCUCUUCGGUGACGAUCCACUUCCGAGAAAGAACUGUGGGCUCCACCUGUGCUCUGGUGGCUGGCAGGAGGCACCGGAAAUCGACGAGCAAAAUGCAGCGGCCUUAGGUUUGGAGCUUCUGGAUUAGCACUGACCCUGAGUUCUGAGACUCUCCAGUACAAUGACUCAAGCAGAAAUUAAACUGUGUUCUUUGUUGCUACAAGAGCAUUUUGGAGAGAUUGUAGAAAAAAUUGGAGUUCACUUAAUCAGAACUGGCAGCCAGCCACUUAGAGUAAUUGCCCAUGACACAGGAACAUCACUGGAUCAGGUGAAAAAAGCUCUUUGUGUCCUCAUCCAACAUAACCUGGUGAUAUAUCAAGUGCAUAAACGUGGUGUGGUGGAAUAUGAAGCCCAAUGCAGCCGGGUGUUGAGAAUGCUUAGGUAUCCCCGAUACAUCUAUACUACCAAAACACUAUACAGCGACACUGGAGAGCUGAUUGUUGAGGAGCUGCUGUUGAAUGGCAAAAUGACAAUGUCAGCUGUUGUGAAGAAAGUGGCAGACCGACUCACAGAAACCAUGGAGGAUGGCAAGACCAUGGACUAUGCUGAGGUAUCAAACACAUUUGUGCGACUGGCAGACACACACUUUGUACAGCGCUGCCCCUUAGUGCCUGCCACUGAGAAUUCAGACCCUGGACCACCACCACCUGCCCCAACACUUGUCAUUAAUGAAAAAGACAUGUACCUGGUUCCUAAAUUGAGCUUGAUAGGAAAAGGUAAAAGGAGAAGAUCAUCUGACGAAGAUGCUGCUGGGGAACCCAAAGCCAAAAGACCAAAACAUACUACAGAUAACAAAGAGCCCAUUCCAGAUGAUGGGAUUUAUUGGCAGGUCAACCUUGACAGAUUCCACCAACACUUCCGCGACCAAGCCAUUGUGAGCGCGGUUGCCAACAGGAUGGACCAGACAAGCAGUGAGAUUGUGCGGACCAUGCUCCGGAUGAGUGAGAUUACCACUCCCUCAAGUGCCCCCUUCACCCAACCAUUGUCUUCCAAUGAGAUCUUCAGAUCCCUGCCUGUUGGCUAUAAUAUCUCUAAGCAAGUUCUUGAUCAGUAUCUCACUCUGCUGGCAGAUGAUCCACUAGAGUUUGUUGGAAAGUCUGGCGACAGUGGUGGAGGAAUGUAUGUCAUCAACCUCCACAAAGCAUUAACAUCCCUAGCCACAGCCACUCUGGAAUCCGUCGUACAAGAGAGAUUUGGAUCUCGCUGUGCCAGAAUAUUCCGUCUAGUUUUGCAAAAGAAACACCUGGAGCAGAAGCAGGUGGAGGACUUUGCAAUGAUUCCUGCAAAGGAGGCAAAGGAUAUGCUAUAUAAGAUGCUCUCAGAAAAUUUCGUAUCACUCCAGGAAAUUCCCAAAACACCAGACCAUGCCCCAUCCAGGACCUUCUAUUUAUAUACUGUGAAUGUCCUAUCAGCUGCCCGAAUGUUGUUGCACAGAUGCUACAAGAGCAUAGCCAACUUAAUAGAAAGGAGACAAUUUGAAACCAAAGAGAAUAAGCGUCUACUAGAAAAGUCUCAGAGGGUAGAAGCCAUCAUUGCAUCUAUGCAGGCCACAGGUGCAGAGGAGGCACAGCUACAAGAAAUAGAAGAGAUGAUCACAGCUCCUGAACGUCAGCAGCUAGAGACCCUGAAACGUAAUGUCAACAAGUUGGAUGCCAGUGAGAUCCAGGUAGAUGAAACAAUCUUCUUGCUGGAGUCAUACAUUGAGAGCACAAUGAAGAAACAAUGACCCUGAAGAAGCAUCUUCCUCGAAAGAUCUGCGGGGUGGGGGGUUGGAAAGAAAAAUAAAGGAGGUGCCUAGAUGCAUUCUUUGCAGUGGGAUAAGUUGCAGAUUCUUAUACUGAAAACUCCUCUCUGUCCCUGCUGCUCAGGAUAUACCUGAAAAAGUUCAACACAUUUUUUUCAAAUCGCUGACUGUGUUUUAGACUCAUCACUAUAUUCUUCCCUCAUCAAAUCUUGGCAGUAGAAAGUAGAUUAAAAUUAAUCAUCUAUAAGAUGCAUCAGUUCUUAUCAGGAAGUCAGCCAAGUCUGUUUGAACAUCUCUCACAAUAGAAACUUCUUCCUAUAUUGUUUAUUUCAUCGAGCAGUAAUUUUUAACAUGCACACACAUUGUGUAGGGAAUGUGGAAGACUACCAUGAAGUGGGGAGAAAGCAUAUCUUUAGGGCUCACAGGUGGAUUGGCUCAAGCAGUCACACUUGACUGUAUGGAUAAAAGAUGUUUGCCAGCUCCAGGCUUCUAGUGUAUCUGAAAUUAUGUAUGUAGAACACAACACAGUGCCUGGCUUAUGAUGAGCACACAAAAAAUUAUUGCUUUCCUCUUCACUGUGGUCCCUUAAAAAUGACAACUAUAAGUUCUCUCUCAGUAUCAUGGAUAUAAUUUAUCCCAGCAGCUUCAAUUCAUUUAAUGAAGUUAGAUAUUUAUAAUCCAAACCAAUGUUUAUAGUAAUUCUUUAAACGAGUGCCAAUUAAACACAAUAUACAAAGUUAAGUAAAAGCCCGUCUCUAUCCUGCAGCCUCUCACCAUCAUUUACUUAGUACCUGUUAUGCACCAAGAACUGAGGAAGACAGGGAUACAAAGAUAGGGAAAUACACACAGCCUGGUGGGAGUAGAGACAAGUACAAGGAAGAAUUGGGGAGCUAGCAUGGAAAAAUAAGUACUAUGUGCAGAGGCAAGAAGGAAAGGGACAGUAGGAGUAACAAUCUGUAAUUUGAAAGAUGAAGACCUUCCAGGUCAAAGGGGAAUAGACUGAUUCUUCUGGAAACUACAUAUAGCUAUGACCAAAAAAUGGGGCAAGGGUUCUGCCAGAAUUUAAGUUAGAGAAACAGGCAGGGGCAAGGACUGAUGGGUCCUGCACACUGUGCUAAGUAGUAUUUUAUCUUGUGCUGGGGCAGUGGAAAGCAAUAUGACCAGAUGUUUUGUUUUAGAAAGAUCCCUCUGGUGUGCAUGUAUGAAUAUUUUAGUGAAUCACCCUUAUGUAUAAUUAUAAUGAACCAAUUAAAGGUG